AUGUAUGUCAUCAACGCCUUCCUUGCCACGAUGAUGGCAACCGCUGCCGUGGCCAAACCUCACAACCUCCACGCCGAGUUCCACAAACGUGCAACCUCUGCCGCCACCCCCAGCAAACUCGGCUCGGCCUACAAUGACGUCUCCCUCGUCUCGCUCGUGAGCAGUGCCUCAUGGGCCUACAACUGGAACCUUGAAUCUGGCGGUCCUGUGCCUAGCGGUGUCGACUACUGCCCUAUGCUCUGGGGACCCAAGAUGUACAAUGGCUGGAACUCCGCGGUCACAACAGCUCUUUCUUCUGGAAGUAGCUGCAUCUUGGGAUUCAACGAGCCCGACAUGGCCAGUCAAGCCAACAUGAACCCCGAACAAGCCGCUGCCGAUUACCAGACCUACAUCACCCCGCUGUCCGGCCAAGCGACUCUCGUCACCCCAGCAGUCACCAAUGGCGGCGGCGACAACCUCGGUCUCGGCUGGAUGAAGAAGUGGCUCGCAGCCUGCAACGGUGCCUGCAAGCCCAACGUCAUGGCAGUGCAUUACUACGCCAACGCCGACGUCUCGUACUUUUACGACUUUAUCAACAAUGCCACCGCUCUUGCGGCCGAUAACGGUAUGGACAGUGUCUGGAUCACUGAGUUCCAGGACACCGGCAGCGACGCCAACCAAGUUGCGUUCUUGAGAGAGGUUAUCCCUUGGCUCGAUUCCAAUACCGCCGUCGGCCGAUAUGCUUAUUUCUAUACCGCUGAGGGAUAUUUGUUGACGGAUAAGAUGUUGAGUACCGUUGGCCAGACUUAUGUUUCUACUUCCUAG